CGCGUUGCGAUUCAUCCACGUCAGUCGAUGUUCCUUUGUGAUGGAGCGGAGCCAGAAAGUAGCGGCUGCCAGGCGAAAGCUAAAGAAAUUCCAGCAAAAGUCGAAGGGCGAGACCUCAACCGGAAGCGGAGAUUCAUCUCCACAGAUUGGAAGACGAGAAGACACCGAACCGGAAAGGGAGAAGACAGUUGAUGUUGGUGUUGCUAACGCCAAGACAGCAAGGAUGUCAUCAUCAAAGGAGAGACUUCAAGAAAUGUCAACAGAGAUCAACGACAUGCUGGCUGAGAGUCCAUAUGUUCCAGUGAAUGCUACAAAGUCACCACCGGCUAAUACAGAACAUAAUCAAACAAGGCAGCUUGCUCAAGCGUUGCAGGCACAAACAGGAUUGGUUGAAGAUUUAAACCAACAGUUGCAGAAACAGGCCAACCACAUGGGUACAUUACACCAAGAGAAUAUAAGAAUGCGGAACGAAUUGCAGCGAUACCGUGAACACGAACAGUCUGGCAUUGAUCAAACAAAAGACCUCGAAUUGGCUGGUUUGAAAGAGCAGCUAAAGGUUCACGUUCAAACUAUUGAUAUUCUGGUGGAAGAGAAGUCUGCACUACAGAGCUCGUGUCAUCGACACCAAACGCUCGCUCUAGAAAAGUCAAGAGAAUGUGAGGAACUCAUGCAGCGGUUACAAGCAUGUCACACACGUGUCAAAGAGCUGGAAGUAGACACAGACGAUCUGACAACUCACCAAAAGAAACAACAACAGGAGGCAUUGACACAGCAGAAACAGCUGAGCUCUUUACAGGACGAAUUGAACAACCUGAUAUCCGAACGUGACGAAUUCAAGCAAGAAGUCCAAGAACUAGAACGAAGACUAGAAUCACACUCCGCUCGAUGUCGGGAGUUGGAAGAUGAGAAUUCUCAGAUUAAGUCCAAACUGUCGAUGUCAGAGACGCUGGUGCAGCAGCUUUCUGUGGGAGGAAAUAGUGUGGGCGAACUGGAGCACGCACUGAGAGAGUCUCGUGAUGGAAAUCAGAGAUUGGCUGAUCAGUUGGGAGAGGUGACACGGUUGCUGCAGACGGUGGCUGCUGAACGAGACCAUCUGAAUCAUCAGUACACGGAAACGGUGGAGCAGUAUGAGGGAAGAGUACAGCAGUUGAGUGAACAGAUCACAUCAUUAUCUAAUGACAGAGGAGCUUUAGUCACUCAUUUGCAACAGCAAACAGCAUUAGUAAAAGAGCUAGAACAGAAGCACGGUGAUGCAUCUGAAGAACACAUACCAGACGCUAUUCAAAGUGAAUUAGACCAACUAGCGACUGAAAAAUCUAACUUGGUGAAACAGUUAGAAGCUAGAAUCAACGAGAGUGAACAGUUACGAAGACUUACUGAUGAACAGACUGCUGAGAUCAUUCAACUACAAGCGACAGCUAAACGUUUGUCAGAAGAGGCGGUUGAUCGUACAGAAAUGAUGAACUCAAUGCAAAACGAUAAAGAGACGAUUAGCAGAUUACUCUUGCAGCACAAGGAGUCGAAAUCACAAUUGGAAGAGAUGCAGACCGGAUUUGUUAAAGUCACAAACGACAAGAUGCAGCUGGCUAGUGAUCUCCAGACUUACAAGCAUCACAACAAACAGCUGCAGGCUAAGUUAGACGAACAAUCAACUGACGAUGUGACUAUUUCUGAGAUGGAAGGACUGAGAGAAGAGAUCAAACAAUUACGUGAUGAAAAUAGUUAUCUUAGCCAGCAGUCGUUAGAGAUUUCUCGUGCAGUAAGUCCUGAUCACGACGAAGUAUCUCGGCAAACAGAAAAACUGAAACAGGAAUUGUAUGCCUCACAGGACACGAUACGGCAGUUGUCUGCCGAGAACGCUGGUUUGCAGAACAUGCUCUUGACUCUUCAUCAUCAGACACAGAACGAGAGCAGCGUCGUAUCAGAAAUAUCAGACAGUUCAUCUGGCAGCAAUGUUGACAUACAAAAUCACAAAACGAACGAUGAUGUCGACCAUGUUUUCGAUGCAUCUAGUCAGGUGGUUGAGGUUGAUGCUGUUGCUGUGUUGACAGCUCGAACGCAUGAACUUGAAGUAGAACGUAACCAAAUGGCUCAGGAGCUUGAGAAACAGAGAGAAGCGUUCGAACGGCACUUGAGUGCUUUGAGAGAAAGAGGAAAUUUUGUGAACACGAGUAACAGUCGUGAUGGGAUGGUUAAUGGAGAAGUAGACGUAGAGUCUGGUGAUAAUUUGAAUGUGAAUGACACUGUUUUGAAGCUUGAAUAUGAUCAGCUGGAGUUGAACUUCAGUCAACUACAGGAUCGUUUUGUCAAAGUGAUGAGAGAAAAAGCAGAACUGAAGGACGAAGCACAAAGGCUAGAACAUCUUGUGAUGCAGCUGGAGCUAGAAACAGACACGAUAGGUGAGUACAUUUCUUUGUAUCAUCAACAACGUGACCAGCUGAAGACAAAGUUUGAACAGAAAGACGAGCUGAUAGCAGCUCUUACCGCUGACAAGACACGCAUCCAGACUCAAGUGAGAGAAUUACAACAACUAAUGAUAUUGCUGGUCAACGAAAAGCAAGACUCUAGGAUACAUGUACCUAAUGAUAGUGAAGGUAACACUAGGAUGUUGACGCCAUCACUUGUUCACGAUGGAAGUGAAGCGAGCGAGAGCUCGUUAGAAGACGAGGGAGACGUGUUUGGUGAAGAGAGUGGUCACGUGACGUCGUUGUCACCCGUUGAGUUUCGAGAACGUCAAAUAUUUGACUUGUUGCAAGAGCUGGGACGCUCUUCUAGGCCGUCGGGAAAUAUUUAUACGUAUGAUCCAUCGGUGGGACGAGUGACGUUCUUUCCAUUUACUGGCAGUUGUGGUAAAGAAGUUCUCGUAUUGUAACUUAUAAUGUAUUGGAAAGUCUAAAAUUGUUACCAAAUGCAUACCAAACAUGUUUACAGCAUCCACAUUAAAGUUUGUUGCAUUUAUUC